AUGACUUCAAGACAGGACAAUGUGGGAGCCAAGGGUGCUCCCUUCUUCACGCCGGCUCAGUCGCCCCCCUCAGGGACGCCUCUCGACGCCAGCACGGCACCUACCCUCUUCACCCCUCUCACCACCCGCGGGGUGACCGCCCACAACCGCUUCGUCGUGUCCCCCAUGUGCACAUACUCGGCCGACUAUGGACACUUGUCGGACUGGCACCUCGUCCAUCUCGGACAGUACGCCCUCGGUGGCGCUGGGACUAUCAUGGUGGAGGCUACGGCUGUCGAACCCAGGGGCCGCAUCUCUCCUGAGGAUUCGGGUCUCUGGCAGGACUCGCAGGUGGCGCCCCUGAAGAAGAUUGUCGACUUUGUCCACAGCCAGGGCAGUGUUGCUGCGAUUCAGCUCGCUCACGCCGGUCGCAAGGCGAGCACCAUUGCCCCUUGGCUGGGCGGAACCACAGAUAAGCCUGUCGCUGAUGAGUCCAUUGGCGGUUGGCCCAACGAUGUGGUCGGACCUAGCCCAGUUCCUUACGCCGACAACCACGCCCCUCCGAAGGAGCUUUCCGUCAACGAAAUCAAGGGCCUCGUGUCAAAGUUUGCCGAGUCGGCCAGACGGGCUGUUGAGGCUGGCUUUGAUCUGAUCGAGAUCCACGGCGCGCACGGCUACCUGCACACCAGCUUCCUCUCGCCUCUGUCCAACGUCCGCACCGAUCAGUACGGCGGCUCCUUUGAGAACCGCACCCGCUUCCUCACCGAGACGAUCCAGGCUGUCCGCGCGGUCAUCCCAGAGACCAUGCCUCUGUGGCUGCGCAUCUCGGCGACAGAGUGGAUGGAGCACAGCGGCAAGCCUUCCUGGGACCUCGAGUCAUCCAUCCGUCUCGCCAAGCUUCUCCCUGGGCUGGGCGUCGACGUUCUGGACGUGUCUUCGGCCGGGAACACGCCACACGCGCGUGUGCCCAUGCACAAUGAGUACCAGGUUGACUUGGCCGGGUCUAUCCGUCGCGCUGUCCGCGCCGACGGCCUCGACCUUCAGAUUGCGGCCGUCGGCAAGAUCACCGAGGCGGAGAUGGCGCGUUCCAUCGUCCAGGAGGGCAAGCCCGCCGAGUUCGUCUUGGCCGCCAGGCAAUUCUUGAGGGACCCUCAAUGGGUUCUGAACGUCGCCAACGAGCUCGGCGUGAGGGUCAAGUGGCCUCAGCAGUACGAGCGGGCCGCGAGGAGGCCCAAGGUAGAGAAACUGUAG